AUGAUGAAAAUCUUCGACUGGGAUCCGGAGAUCGUCCCGGGUGCCAAAUUGGGCAUGCACAGCUUUCAGAUUAUCUUCUCCUUCGUCAUAUGGUGCCUGCAGAUCGGUGUGUUCGUCAAUGACGAUUCAAGAAUCGUCGGGAAUAAUGGCUGGACCUUUGCAGUGUGUUUUCUUUCCAUCCCAGCCUGGAUCUACCUCAUCGGUACCCCUCGCUGGCCUAGAACCCGAAAAUUUGCCGAACCUCAUGCCAUGCUUGUCGUGGACCUUGUCUUCACAGUCAUCUGGCUUUCUGCAUUUUCUACGCAAGCCGCCUACAACACGUCUGGUCUCUGUGGUGGUGCCUGCUCCCUGAGCAAAGCCAUUGUUGGCCUCGGCGUCUUUGAGACCCUGGCCUGGAUCGGCAGCACUGCCAUCAGCAUUUUUACCCUCCGCCACUACCGCUUUCACGGCGAGCUUCCCGGCUACGACAAGCGCCGCAUUACCAACGACAACAUCGAUCCUGACAAAGCUGCCUUCUCUAUGGCGCCUCACGACGACGAGGCCUAUGCCCCAGUCCAAAUGGACGACCACCCGGACCAUCACACAGAUAUUGGUUACGGCGGUAGCGCCAGCGGUGCUUUCAACGACAACCCUUACCGCCCAGGCGGUCGCUACGGUAGUGCCGACGACGACGACCCGAACCGUUACGGUAGCUUGCCUUCCCGCCACAACGCCAUGUUCGACUCCGGAACCGAUUACGGCCGCCAGCCGACCCCUAGUAUGACCGGCGCGCGGCAACCCAGCCCUUACGGAGGAGCCGCGGCAACCAGCCCCUAUGCACCUCCUACGGCCCACGAUGUUGUCGACGACAGUGCUCCCGUCCAAUUCCCUCCGGCUGACUACGACCGCACAUUGCGAUGA